AUGGACGCCUCCCCCGUUUUCCCAUCGAAUUCCGCUAAUCCAAAUGCCACUCUGGACUCCGACCUCGAUAUCCCUGUAUUCACUCCUGCCCUCGAAAUCGAUUCCAUCGAUGAAUUUCCCAUGAUCCCCUCUGGACGGAAUGAAUAUUUGAAAAGACAAAGGCAAGGGGGGAGAGACGAGCUGAUUGAGCACUUGGAUGCCCUCCAUUCAGCUUCGGAGAAGAUAUAUAAUGAUCAGAAAGAAGAAAUCCAGCGAAGAAGGCGACAGAUAAGUGUACUGAAAGAGGAGUGCAGUAAACUUCAAGAAACAAUUUGUUUGAGCAAAUUGACGCAGGAACGUGAGCAUUGGUGCCCUGGGUGCCAUGAUCUCGCAUGGAAUCCCCACAUGCCUCCCAUUCCAUCGUUUACAAUUCAACACGCAAUUGAAGAUAUCGCUUUGAAAGUAGGAAAAGUAUCUCCCGUCACCUCUAAUGAGAAGGGCUCCCGCGACGUAUAA